UGUUGCUGUUUUCGGUUCUGCUGCCGUCAUGGUGCCGUCUCUGCUCACCCUGUUCCUGGUGCUGGGCGCCGCCGCUACUGCCCUGGCCGAACCCCUCCGCUUCGUCGACUGCGGUUCCAUAGACGGCAGCAUUCAAGAGGUGAACGUGACCCCCUGCCCCACGCAGCCGUGUCUGCUUCACAAGGGGACCACCUACAGCAUCAACGUCACCUUUGCCAGCAAGAUCGAGAGCCAGGGAAGCAAAGCAAAGGUGUAUGGUGAGAUGCUGCACGUGGAUGUACCCUUUCCCAUUCCUGAACCUGAUGGAUGCAAGUCCGGGAUCCAGUGCCCCAUUCAGAAGGGCCAUUCCUACAGCUACCUGAAUAAACUUCCUGUGAAGAGCGAGUAUCCCAGUAUUAAACUGAUUGUGAAGUGGGAGCUUGUGGAUGACCAAGACCAGAUGCUAUUCUGCUGGAAAAUACCAGUGCAGAUCACCAGCUGAGGAGCCCUGCUGUUAGCAGGGCUUAGGGAGGGGAAAAAACAAAACGACACAGGCCAAAUUUUUUUAUCUAAUAAGUAUUUCUGUUUCCUUCAGAGCUCUUCAGCCUCUGAGCAGCCAGUACUGUGUUCCUAAAAGGUCGACCAGGGGCAGAGGGGCUCUCACCCUCUUUUAGAACCCCAUGGGCUAUUCUCCCAGCAGCUGAAUGUGGAGCAGUGUCUGCCACAGGACUGACUGACUAUCAUCCUCUAGCCACUCUGCAGAGGUGCUUUAGCUAUUUGAAAUGGAGUUGUCUAUCCUCAUAAAGGAAUUUCUGUGAUGCACCUUGCUGGUGUCUGAACUGCUACCUUGUAAUCCUUCAGUGCCUUUUAGAUUGCUGACUGUGUCCACCCUCCUGCAUUUCCACUCUGUCGCAACUGGAAUGUCCCUUGGCACCUGUGUUCACCAUUUGGGCAGCUGAAGUAGAGGAGACUUUCCCUGAGUUGGCAGCCUGCUCUGUCCUGGGCCCCUGUUUGAGCCAGCAGGACUGCAGCUGGGAAAAUGUCUUUUUGUGGAUGCAAAGCCAAAGGGCGUUUGACAUUUCUGCAGGGAUGAUUCUUUCUCUAACCAAUGGUUUGCACUACUACUAAAUGGGAGCUGC